AUGGUUCAGACUAACAGCAGCAGCACGAGCUACGCGAACGUAGCGAAACAGAAUACCACUCAACAGCAUAAUCAAAAAACACAAAACGAAAAUUUACCACCGCAACAACCGAACCAACAGCAGCAGCAGCAACAACAACAAGUAAACCAACAGCAGACCAGCCAACAGAAACGCACGAGAUUGGACAACAAUACACCACCUCAACGACCGUCAGCCGAAGCACCAAAGCAGAAACAAAGUUUGGAUCUCGAAUCACCCCCCAGGAAACGAAACCCCGUCUUAGCUCAGACCUCACCUCCCGCGCCUUCAAACCGUGAAGGAGCGAGUGAUGCUGAGGUUGGUCCUCCUGAUCCAAACAUUUCCACUAAUUUGAGUUGGUUGAGAAUCAAGGGCCGCUUCUUCAACAUCAGCACCAUCAACGUGUACAACGUGCACCUCGGAAGCGCCGGUGACGACAAAGACGAAUUCUACGCGCAGCUGGAACUUGAAUACGAUUGCUGCCCAAAACAUGAUAUCAAGAUCGUUAUCGGGUAUUUCAACACUCAGGUCGGCCAGGAGGAGGAAUUCGGGGGAAAAAUUCGCGAACUUUCCCAGAGUCGGCAAACAUCAACUCGGCUCUUCCAAUCAGCCGCAGCUCCGGGUGCCGAAUCCGAGCGCGUCCGAUUGCCGCACCAGUGGCGAAUAUCCGGUGGAUCAGCCCCCGAAUCAGAUCGCCAUCCCAGUGGCGAAAAUCCCGGGGAACAGUCACUAAAUCCAAGUGUAUCCGAUCACCGCAUCAAUGGCGAAAAUCUCGGCGGUUCAGCCGCCGAAUGCGAGGGAUCGCCGAACCAAUGGCAAAACCCCGGUGAACUGUGGGGAAAAUCCGGGGAACAGCCGCUUAAUCCAAGGGAUCCGAUCGCCGCAUCAGUGGCGAAAAAUCUCGGUGGAUUAGCACCGAACUCCGGCCGCUUCAGGCUGCGCCGUAUCACCGCACCAGGGGCGAAAAUCGCGACAGGUGCCGAAUCCGAUCGCCUCACCAGUGGCGAAUAUCCCGGUGGAAUAGCCGCUGAAUUCGAGGCAUCCGAUCGCAGCAUCAGUGGUGAAAACUCUCGGUGGUUCAGGGCCGAAUCCAAGCACGUCCAAUCGAAGCACCAGCUGCGAAAAUCCCAGUGGAAAAGCAUCGAAUUCCGGCCGCUUCAGGCUGCGUCAGAUCGCCGCACCUGUGUCAAAAUCCUGGUGGCCCGUGUUUGUCGUCCGCGGUCAUCAGGCGCCCAGAAGAAUUCGGCUGGUCAUCCGACGAUGUGA